AUGCAUGAGAUCCAGACGGUAGCCAAAGAGUAUAUAAACGACGAGGAAGUCAGCCGAGUUGUGGCCGCCAACAAACGGCAGCCCAGCUACAAUCAAACCCGACAACAGGGCAACGGGGAAAGGCCAAAGGGACAAACCAGGGAAGACGCACCAAACAAGGCACCAAGAACAUUCCCCCGAGUCGGGAAAUUCACCAACUACACUCCACUCACUCUUCCCAUCGUGGAAGUUUACCAACAAAUAGCCGAGAAAGGAAUCCUGCCGAAACCCCGACCACUCAAGGACCGCACUGGAGGGAAUAAAAAUCUCUAUUGUGAUUACCACAAAGGCUACGGCCACCUAACGCAGGAUUGUUUUGACCUAAAAGAUGCGCUGGAGCAAGCGAUAAGGGAAGGAAAACUAGCAGCGUUCUCCCACCUAAUCAGGGAGCCAAGGAGGCGCUACCGCGACCAAGACGAAGAAGGCAAAACCCGUUCGACAAAGUGGCGACAAGAGCCAGAAGGCGGAGAACACGGCCUCACUGUGAUAAACGUAGUGACGGCAAAAAACGCCGCACCAAGAUCCAGAUCCGCACACAAGAAGGACGCAAAGAUAUUGUCGAUAUCCUCCUCGUCGACGCGAAACUCUAAGAAGCCUCCAUUCAUUUCUUUCGGCCCAGAAGACCAAUGGUUCGACGAUGCCCCGGAAAAUCCACCCGUGGUCAUAACGGCCCGGGUGGGGACCGGUCUCGUCAAACGCAUCCUUGUUGACACGGGAGCAGACUCGAACAUCAUGUUCCGCAACGUGUUCGACGCACUAGGAUUAAGGGAUGCCGAUCUGACGACUCACCAACACGGCGUCAUUGGAUUGGGCGACCACUUCUUCAAACCAGACGGAAUAAUAUCCCUGCCAAUCUCAGUAGGACAAUCCCAGGGCAGGAGAUCGGCGAUGGCCGAGUUCGUGAUCCUCCGAGACUCCACCGCCUAUAAUAUCAUUCUGGGAAGAAAGACGAUCAAUGAUUUCGAGGCUAUAAUCAACACAAAGCUGCUAGUCAUGAAAUUCGUUACCGAUGACGGAUCCAUAGGGUCCAUAAGGGGAGACCUUGAGACGGCGGUCGCUUGUGACAAUGCCAGCCUCUCCCUAAGAAAGAAGUCCAAGGAGGCGUCCGGUGUGUUCCUAGCCGACCUAGAUGCCAGAGUAGACGACAAACCCUGA